AUCUUGCACACAGCACAGACUAGAUGCAGACGUUGUUGUGUAGCACCGGAUCUGUAUGUUGGGAGAGCUAGAAACUCGGCCAUGUAGUAUGUUGCCAAAAAAGAGGUUUGAGUAGAAACGCCUGAUGAUAUUUCCUCAACAAUAAUGCAACCGUGAGUUCCAGUGUUCGAGUCUGAGACGCUAGCAGGGGUGGCCCAGUAUGGAUCGCUAAACUCCACCUAGAUCGACAAGCAAGUCGCCGCCUGGCAACGCAUUGUGAAACAAUUUUUAGAAGGUGUGGACAGAGAUCCACACAGUGACAGCAGUAUGGAUGGUGCAGGCGAAGCCGAGUUCGAGCGAGGACGGAGCGACAAGAGUCAGUUCGGCGUUCACACGGCACUGUCAGCACCGCUGGAGUCGCUGUCCGGCAUGAUGCGACCCAACCCUAUCAUCAUCCGAACGCCCCAGCGGAGCAAUAGCCAUCAAAUCAGGCCCGGAACAAACCCACAGCGGCAGCAGCUGAUCAGGGAACGGCAAAUGAGCCAGCGACUGAGCGCCGAGCAGAGGAAAGAAGAGCAGUUGCAGGCAAUGCGCACACGAGACGCAAUGCGGGCGGGCACGCAAGCUGACCGACUGCCGCCAAUCUCUCAAGCCGGUACUGGUAGCCACCGCCUAGCGUACGCAGAUGCUUCCGUCCAGCGAGAAAGACAACUGCUGGAAACUCGCAUGCAGCUUGGCAUGCCAGCAGAAUCAGGACUUAGCCGGGCAUAUCAGGUAAUGGGAGAUGGACAGUCACCGGUAGAUUUCAAAGUGGCAGCGGACUCUGCAAGGCGCCUUCAGUCGGAAAUGCAUCUCUCCAUGGCCGAGGCUAGCACCUUGCGAAAGUUGCAGCAACUUCAACACCAGCAGAACCAACUACAGCGGCAAGUCACCCCCCGGCUUGCAUCACAGCCUCGUUCGCGCAGCGCCUCGGGACGCUUGAACGGCGACAGUUUGUCGUCGGUCUCUCUACCUCCGAUCGGCAACGGGGUGAUGACCCAGGGGCAACCUGCCCCCAGGGCCACCCAGGAGCAGCAUCGCCAAACAGAGGACAUUGGAAUGAAAGUGCAGUCCUGGCAUGAUCUAUCCAGGCUGAGCAACUUUGCAGAUCAGAAACACACCAAGGAGGCAACGGGUUCCGAUCAGCAGAUUCCGGUCAAACACAGAACAAGUGACGAAUCCCAAGAAGAAGAUCAGACUAUUGAAAGCAGUGAAACCUCACAGGCGCGGCAACAUCCCACGCCGCAGAAGCUGAAGAGAACGAUUGACGCCUCGAAAGUGCUCGAACAGCCGGAACGCUACCACACGUAUGAGAGGAAAGCUCCUAAUCCGACCCAGGAGGUGCUUGCGCCCAAAGAAACCUUCAACAACCGGGCAGACGAGGCCGAAUUCCGACGGCUGACCAAAGCAAGAUUGGCCAAGCUCUCCAAGCACGAUCGCGAAGCAAUGCGGCGAGCGGCCAAGGCGCGCCAAGCGCUGAGAGAAGCCGCGGAGCGGGAAAAGCAGAAACAAAUGGAGAACAAGCGGGCUAAGAUGCCGCCAAAGCCGAUGGACACGCAGAAGCUGAAGAUCCAGGAAAACGCUCUUCGCAAUCAUGAGAGGCGUGUUGCUGAUCAUCAGAGUGUGUGUGCCAAGGUGGCUGAAAAAGCCAACAAAUCGGAGGAGCAGUUACUGAUGCGGAUUGCCGGUGAGGAGGUUGAGCGGUCGCAGAUGGCCAAGGCAAUGACCGUUGGAAUGCCUAUGUACGACGAUCGCAGGAGAUACCUGCGUGGGGUGGAGUUCUUUCACCAGCGACACCAGUUGGGCACAGAUGUCGGAGGAAUACACAUGUCCCCGACAAAGAAGGAGAGAUGCAUCAUUCCAGAACCGGAGCUUGUCGGAAAGCCUCUGAACAUUCCUGGAAACACAGACGCCAGUCGUCGGCAGUCGCGCUGGGCUGCUGCUCCGUAUACAAGUCUGAUGUGGACGGACAUGGAGAAGCUGCUCUGGGAGGUCAAUGCCAUUCUGGAUCAUAAGCCCGAGUUUGACCGGUUAGCCACACGCGGCAGAUCAAUGAAAAGACCAGUGACGUCAGGAGCCGAUAGCAAGUGGGCCGUCAGCAGAGGAGACACGGCGGCUGUGUCCGCACCGCGGGGUCCACUCGAGCCGGCACGGUCCGGGGGCUGGCGACCCAAGUCCAGCCCGGCGGCCGCCGUCACCGACAAACAUCGUGUGCCUCGUGUCACUGGUGAUGAGAGGAGCCUGGCUCAGAUGACGGGUAAUGCCGACAACGACCAGCUGCUUAAGGCCGUCAACGACCGGCGCAGAAAGGAAGGAAAGAAGGCCAUUGCCCGGCUACCGACGCAGUGGAAGAAGAUGUCGAGCUUCGACGAGGGCACCGCCAAAGCGCACGUGUACGCCAGGAAGGAUACGCAGAACCGCACUAGCCUGCAGCUGGCCAUGGAGGACCCGGCCAAGGUGCGAGCAGGCGUCGCUCAGAUAUCGGAUAUCCGUCGCUGGCACCCGUACACGCCUUGGUUUGGCGGCCGGCCCGUCAGCGAGAACAACCCCGCUCCAUUCGUGGAGAAGGCAAACGAAGACCCUGAAGGCUUGAUGCCACGGCUCGGCUGCGCUCGGCCCAAACUAGAUCGGAGCCGGAAAAGGUCGCACGCGAGCCAUCAGCAAGAUGGAGGAGCGCCGCCAAUGUCUGGUGUGUCUCAAGACGAUACAUUGGACACCACAAUCAGUGCGUAUGCUGCUUCAGAUCAACGGUUACCCGGGAGAACAACGCGCAACAUGCUUCUCGAGGCCAUCAUCAAAGACAGCACAAAGCGGUUUGCCGUGGACCUGGGCAAGUCACCGGAUACUGGCAACAAUUCUGGCCUUGAGGCAGUCGAUUCACUGUCGGUACAGGAUGGGACCGAUGCUCCGCGAGGUGAUAUCGCCGCCGGAGACGGGCAUAAGGAUACCAAUGCAAGUCCGUCGGAGGUCUUCCAGCAGCUCAGUCGUGGCCUCAAAUCGGAGUCGGCGCGGGCCCUGCGUCUCAAGGAUGCAUCUCAAAAACUCCUUCAGUACCAGCAGGAUCUCGAUCACCAAGCAGGUCAGACGAAAGCGGAUGUUGUGGAUGGAGAGCAGAAACCCGCCAAAGGACCAUCGAAGGAGAAGGAGCAGGCAUACUACGCGCUUGUCGGCAACAAAAUCGUCUUUACGAAAACGAUGACAAAGGCAAAGCAAUCCAAAGACACCGCUGCAGCCAAGAGAAGCUACUGGCAUCCGGAUGUGGCCAGCGAGGUUCCCAAGAUACUCGUCGGCGAGCACGAGUUUGCGUACUGCGGGGAGCCGGAGGAUGCUGUGGAAGCCAGCUCUCAGGCUAGCGAAAAGAAAGUGGUCGUGUACGGCGAAGCGAUGGUGGGUGAGGUAAUCCUGCUGCCGCUUCCGUUCCACAACAAUAGCAACACACGAGUGGAUUUUGAACUGUUGGAGCGGGAGGAGAACAAUUCUCUUGGUACGCACUAUGCACAGAACCAGGACAUUUACAUCAUAUUCUGCCAACAGUGCCAGAGAACUACCGUUCAAGGCGAUCUUGGCGACAUCCUGUUUGGCUUCUGCGCGGGCAGGCCUGGCCUGUUUCGGCAGACGUUCCACAUGCACUUCACGCCGCGCCUGGAAGGCGGCAGACACGUCGUCGUGGAAGUCUACGGGCACGCUCUGGAGCCGCAGGCGUCGGCCUUGGCCAAGCUGGCACUGCCGCAGCUACCCAGUGAAACUAUGCCAUUGGCGCCGGCUACAGCCAGUGGACGAGCACCCGAGUACAAGCUCAUCCGUCGGGCCAGGCACCAGUUUGAACGCGAGGACGAGCUGGACAGGCAGGCACUGCAGAUGGCCGGCGUUCCGUACCAGCUCUCAGAGGAUGAAAUACAGCGUGCAGGUGACCUGGAUUUCAUCACCGACAUCGUUGACGACUUGGUGGCAUGUGUCGUAGACCGCCCGGAAUCACAGCCGCUGGUUCGAAGACAAGAGGAGGAAGACAUCUUGUUUGAAGUCAACCCGAGCCUGCAGCUCGUGCACAUGAACCUGGUGCCCACGCUGGAGACGAUGCAUGCGCUGGCGACCAACGCACCGGAGGACGAAGAGGCUCUGGCAGAGGCAGGCCUUGCCACACCUAAGCCUGCCGAGGGCAAGGCUGGCGUGAAGUCUGCCAAAACCGGUAAGGGCAAAGACAAGGACAAAGACAAGAAGGGUGGAAAGGGAGCAAAGGCAGCGGAGCCACCACCAGCUGACAAGCCUGUCGAGCUGCAGAUGGACAUCAAUCCGAACGCCGUCUGGGACUAUAGAAUUCCCACACUGCAUGAGCUCAUACUAAAGCCUGUACAGCCAGCACAAGAAGACAAGCGUAAGAGGUGUGCAGAGCUCUACGAGAAGGUCAGUGUGUCAACAAACGACCCUCACUUGGAGAAUGACAGCGGCACAAUCAGAGAAGACCUCCUUGACGUCCAUCAGCGAACUACAUCGUUCAUGCGACUGCUGCUCGAGGGUCUGGUUGAUACGGUGGCGGACACCUGCACUACACUACGCCAUCAGAUGAAUCUACCGCUCGGCGAUAUGGGAGACGAUGCUGCACAGGCCAAGGAUAUGACAUCUCCGGAGAAAGGCGCUGGUCCUGACAAAGGCAAGGGAAAGGGUGGCCAGAAGAAGCCCGAACCGAAGCGUAAGGAGUCCAAACUGGCAAAGGAUACGAAGGACGCUAAGAAGAAGGACGCUGGCAAAGGCAAAGGCAAAACAGACGCGGCAGGCAAGCAGGAUGGCGUUCAGAGUGACGGGGCUAAGGAUGCUGCCAAUGAGGACAAGACUUUGGUGGACCCUGAAAAGCUGGCAUGGUUCCGUGACCUGGCCUACCUUCAGGUUCGAGACAAGAUUUCAGAGAUGCUGGAUGGCGUAUCGGCCGUCGAGGCAGAGAUCGAACCGGAGCUGAAACUGCCGGACUUUGCGCCUAUGCUAGAUGCUGAGCUUGGGGUCAUCGCGGAGCCUAUCGAUGUUGGGGACGUCUUCGGCUCCAUCCACGAUGAAGUGUGCUAUAUCAAUCCGCUGAAGCCGAAGUCGAGCUCCGAAAUGUUCAAGAAACUGCUGAAUGCAGCCAAAUUGGAUCGUGUGGAUAUCGUCAAGGGCAAGGUCCAGGCAUACGACAAGGCCAAGAUCGAUCCAUCCAAGGAAGUAAGGUUUGAACCCUAGUCACCUCACGUUCUAUACAGACGUACAGACGGUCUGCCCGACCAGAACAAAUCAUGCUUUCAGCAAGUGAAGUUCUUCCGCUAGAGAAUUCGGUCCGUGGAAAACACUUUGCAUGUAUAGGUAGAUCGAAAUUUCAACACUUGACAAAAGAAGCCCAUUUUUCCGGUGCCAUUAUUUCCGUGGAUUCGCUGGACAAUCCUUGCCGAAUCUGACAGGAUGAUGGCAAGGCUAUACCCUGUAGCUCUGUUAGCUCAUGUUACUGCUCUCUGUUGGUCCAGUACGAGUGUGUGCGCACAAACAGCCAGCCACACGAGUGAUUGAGUAGCUAUCAUUUAAUGCGCUUGAUAUAUGGGUUUUUGCGCAGCUCGUAUUGAUUUGAACAUAUCGUUUUGAACACAUCUACGAUAUAUUUUGAAAACCAGUGAAUGUCUAGGACUGCUGCUAAGUUACUUCGUAAUACUUGUAUCAGUUUUGUUAUAAUAAUUAUACCAAUAGACAUUUAUGUAGUCAAAGUCAUUGCAUGCCAUGCCAGCUGCUCCUCACAGGAUACUGGCCCUAGUAAUUUCACAUUGAUUAAUGUUAUCAUGCUGUUCUCAUGGUCAGUGUAUUUGAUACAAUGUAUUGGAAUUCUA